AAUAACUAUGCGGUUUUAUUGGAAUAAAUGGUCAUGACAAAUUUUUGAUUUCCAUUAAAAGUCCAAUAUUAAUAAAUAGAUUAAAAUAAUUUUAUGACGCACUAAAUAAUCAUCUCCUAUUUAAAUUCAAAACAAAACAAAAUCUUUCAUCAUGAGUUAUCGGUGUUUAUCAAGUUCACUAAUUACAAUUGCAGAUAAGAUGUAUUAUUCAAAUUAUUCUUUACACAACUUUCCGGUGGACAUAACGUAACGUCGGUUUAGCUAUGAGUUUCUUAGCUCAAAAACUUUUCAGUUUCGGUGGUGCUAUUAAAAAUGUAAACAAAAAUUCUAUUAGACUUUCUUCUCAUUUCAUAUAUCAUCCAGAUAAUGAAAAACCCAUUGAAGGAGAAACAAAAAAGAUGAACAUGAUGCAAGCUAUAAACAAUGCAAUGGACAUCACACUCAAAAACGAUCCAACGGCUGUUUUAUUCGGAGAAGAUGUCGGCUUCGGAGGUGUUUUUAGAUGUGCCUUGGGAUUACAGGAAAAGUAUGGCAAAGACAGAGUAUUUAACACACCAUUGUGUGAGCAGGGUAUUGCAGGGUUUGGUAUUGGAUUGGCGACGGCUGGUGCUACUGCCAUAGCUGAAAUACAGUUUGCAGACUAUAUAUUCCCAGCCUUUGAUCAGCUUGUAAAUGAAGCAGCUAAGGCUCGAUACAGAUCGGGCGGUCAGUUUGACUGCGGCGCGUUGACGGUUCGCGCCCCGUGUGGUGCCGUGGGCCACGGAGGGUUGUACCACUCACAGAGCCCUGAGGCAUUCUUCGCUCAUGCAGCUGGGCUAAAGGUGAUAGUACCAAGAGGUCCAAUUGCUGCGAAAGGUCUUUUAUUAGCGUGCAUCCAAGAAAGGGACCCCUGUAUUUUCUUGGAACCAAAAAUUUUAUACAGAUCUGCCAAUGAAGAAGUCCCUAUUGAUAGUUAUACUUUACCCAUCGGAAAGGCUCAAGUUUUAAGGGAAGGUAAUCAAGUCACUUUAAUAGCGUGGGGUACACAAGUACACGUUUUACUGGAAGUUGCUAAACUAGCAAAGGAGCAGUUUGACGUUAGUUGUGAGGUUAUAGAUCUCAUGUCAAUACAGCCGUGGGACGAAGUGACUGUCUGUGAUUCAGUGAAAAAAACCGGAAGAUGUCUAAUAGCGCAUGAAGCUCCACUCACUUGCGGUUUCGGCGCUGAAUUGGCAGCCACUAUUCAGGAGGAAUGCUUUCUUCACCUGGAGGCACCUAUAUCACGUGUAACAGGCUGGGAUGCGCCCUUCCCUCAUGUGUUCGAACCCUUCUACUUACCAGACCGUUGGCGAUGUCUAGAAGCCAUCAAACAAUUGGUGCAGUACUAGCUUACAGGUUUAUUAAUAUAUAAAUAAAAUUUUCACAUUAUAUAACAGGUGUUACUAGAUAAAAUUAAAGAUAUAAUAUACAUAGUUCCAAUUUCAAAGUUAGAGUUUUUUUUUUAUUUUUUUUUAAUACUUGAGCAAUUGUUUCGGGUAUUUUUGGUGUGGCUACUUUUCUGGAUCUGAAAUAUCGACAAUAUGGUGGGUAAUGAAUACAUAGUAUGAAUUUA